AUGCAUGAAAAGGAAAUUUUCUCAAACGAUGAAAAUCUGAAAAUAUCAAAUUUUAAAAAUGCACAACAAAUAUUACAAUACAACUUAAAACUUAAAAAUUGUAAAUCCUUAAAGGAUUGUAUCUAUAGCCUGUAUGAUACUGUAAUUUAUAAUGCUAUCGAUGCAAAUUACAGAAGAAGAAUUUUGUACGAAUAUUGUAAAAAUGAAAAGAUUAAAAAAUAUCAUUCCUACGUUUUAUGUUUGAAUGAUGAUAUUAAAAAUUACGAAACAUUUUGUAAUAUUAUUACUGAUCAUUUUGACAAUUAUAACGAAUUAUACGAAAUUUAUGUAAAAAAUAGAAGUAGUCAUUUUGCUGUAUUUAAAAAUGAAUUUUAUAAUAAUAAUUAUAGUGUUUACACACCUAUAAAUAAAGUAGAAAAGCUUUCUUCUUUUACUUAUGAAUACUAUUACAUACUACUUAGAGAUUAUUCAAUGAAUUUAGGGAUUGAUAAUGUUGAAGACACUAUUCUUGAUUUUUAUUUUUUAUUACAAGAUUUAUAUUUUGAUGAGAAAAUCUUUUAUAAAAUGGAUUAUAAAGAUGUACAGAAUUUUAUAAAAGAUUCUACUAGUUAUAAAAUAAUAAUUAAAAGUGCAUACCAUCCCGAAGAUAUUUAUUAUUGUUUUAUGCAUAAUUUAGAAGAGAAGUUUAAUGAUAAGUCAAAUAUUACAGAACUUGAUAAGAGAUCUAUUGCAAGAUAUAAUAAAUUUAUAGAAGAAACUAAAGAAGAAGGAGAAAUAUAA